GUGAUGCAGAAGAGGGAGUGUAUCUCUGUGCACAUUGGUCAAGCAGGAGUCCAGAUGGGGAAUUCCUGCUGGGAGUUGUAUUGCCUGGAGCAUGGCAUCCAGCCUGAUGGGAUGAUCUCUUCUAACAGCACUAACUUGGCUGAUUCUUCUUUUGGUACCUUCUUUAAUGAAACUGGAUCUAGAAAAUAUGUUCCACGAGCUGUUUUUGUUGACUUGGAGCCAACAGUUGUAGACGAGAUUAGGACUGGAUGUUAUCGUCAACUUUACCACCCUGAACAGCUAAUCAAUGGCAAAGAGGAUGCAGCUAACAACUAUGCCCGUGGUCACUACACCAUUGGCAAGGAGAUUGUAGACUCGGUCCUUGAUCGCAUACGAAAAAUGGCUGACCAGUGUACGGGUCUGCAAGGAUUCCUGAUCUUCCACAGCUUUGGCGGUGGGACUGGGUCUGGUUUCACCUCUCUGCUGAUGGAACGCUUAUCUGUCGACUAUGGCAAAAAAUCAAAGCUGGAGUUCUCGGUCUACCCUGCUCCUCAGGUUUCCACUGCAGUGGUAGAGCCCUAUAAUUCUAUCUUAACCACUCACACCACCCUUGAGCACUCGGAUUGCUCCUUCAUGGUGGACAAUGAGGCUAUCUUUGACAUUUGCAAGCGCAAUUUGGGCAUAGACCGCCCAUCCUACAACAAUCUGAACAGGCUAAUUGCACAGGUUGUUUCUUCCAUCACUGCUUCUUUACGAUUUGAUGGUGCCCUCAAUGUGGAUCUAACAGAGUUCCAGACCAAUUUGGUUCCAUACCCUCGUAUCCAUUUCCCACUGGUUACCUACGCCCCCAUCGUAUCUGCUGAGAAAGCUUACCAUGAGCAGCUGUCUGUGGCUGAGAUCUCGAAUGCUUGCUUUGAGCCAGCCAACCAGAUGGUGAAAUGUGACCCUCGCCGUGGCAAAUACAUGGCCUGUUGCUUGCUCUAUCGUGGUGACGUAGUACCUAAAGACGUCAAUGCUGCUAUUGCAAGCAUCAAGACCCGUCGCUCAAUCCAGUUUGUGGACUGGUGUCCCACAGGCUUCAAGGUGGGAAUCAACUACCAGCCCCCCACUGUAGUGCCUGGUGGGGAUCUGGCCAAGGUCCAAAGGGCUGUAUGCAUGCUGAGUAACACCACUGCAAUUGCGGAAGCCUGGAGUCGCUUGGACCACAAGUUUGACCUGAUGUAUGCAAAGCGGGCAUUUGUACACUGGUAUGUUGGUGAGGGAAUGGAAGAAGGGGAGUUCUCAGAGGCCAGAGAAGACCUGGCUGCCUUGGAGAAAGAUUAUGAGGAGGUUGGAGCAGAUUCUCCUGAAGAUUGUGAGGAAGAUGGUGAGGAAGAGUACUAG